AUGACUUCCUCUGAUUCCCAGAAUUUACCUCCCCCACCGCCACCGCCCCCAUCGAUCGGCAAAACCGCCCCCAACCCCCCAAGUGUAGUAUCCGAGGGACCCGCCGGUGCUUACCUGGUCGAGUUACUAAUUUUCAACGGCUGGCCCUUCAAAGACCACUGGGCGUACUGGGUUCGGUCACAUUCCGACCCUGAUAUUGGUGUACAGCUCCAUGCAACUGGGGAUGUAAGGAACGGCUUCGUGUUCCAGAUCAAACGCAACUAUGACUUCCAUGACGACAACAGCGAACGUCCCUCUACAAGAAUCCCCUUACAAUGGAUCGACGGGAAAUUCUUCGAUGAACGGGCGAUGAUGAAUAAUGGAGUGUUCACGCUUGACGAUGUGCCUGUCUGUGGCUUUGAGGCGAGUGUGUACAAGGUCAAGGCUCCCGAGAAGUCUUUGAAUACUGUUACUGGAACUACUAUUGCCGAAGGCCAAAAAGGCCAAAAGGUGAAUCAAAGCAACUGUCAGACAUGGAUUGUGGAGUCUGCCGAUCAACUCGUCCGGGAUGAGAUAUUUAACCAGGAGGUUGCGACGUAUCUCCAUGCUAUUGAGCAGUGA